CUCGACCUUUUGGUAUUGUGGAGAGGGAGAGAGAGAGAGAGAGAGAGAGAGCAACAAUGAAAGUUUCAGAGAUUUCAAUCAAAUCCGCCACCGCCAACAAGAACAAAACCUGCGCCCAAAGCAGUUCAGAAAAUCCCCACAAACCAAAACCCCAUUUCAGACCUGCUCAAGACGACACCAAGCCUGUCCUCCAAGACCCAAUACUCAGAUCGGACCCGAUAGAGACGGAGGAAGCUGUUCUCCGUUUGCCUCCUUUCCCAGUUACCGGCAGACCAAAUCCCAGUCUAAAAUGAGUUCAAAUGCUAUAAUAGUUUCUUAAGGUUUGCAUCUUUUUUAUUUUGUCUUUUUGAAGUUGAUGUAGAACAGAAAAUCCCAAGUUUCGAUGAAAUCACGUUGUUACAAUUUCUGUUUCA